AACAUUCCGAGGUCAGUUGAGUCCGGGAAAUUGACAUCGGGAGAAAUCGAUUUGAUGCCUGUCAUCAAAUAUAUUAUGUAAAAACACGAGAUCAGUCUCGAUCAAUAUCCGUUGCCACGCGUGUGUCAAUCUUCAAGCCUUGCACAGUGAAGUUUCAAAUUCCAACAACGGCCACUGUUGGUGUUUUAUUUCAUCGAUCCAUAAAUUUAAGAUAACAACCAGCAAUGGGAUAUGAUGUCGACAGGUUUGUUGUCACCGUCAACGAAGGUCUGCUGUGCUGCAUCUGUCGUGACGUGCUAGAAGACCCGGUCCAGGCUCCUUGUGAGCAUGCGUUCUGUCGCACGUGCAUCGAAGGAUGGCUUGUCCAAAACACGCGCUGUCCAGAGGACCGGAAACAGCUAUCGCUCUCUGCUCUUAAACCCCUCUUUCGAUACAUGAAAAACGAUCUCAACAAAAUGCAACUAAAAUGUUGCAACCAUUUCUUGGGAUGUACGUUUAUUGGCGAUUUGGAAUUUAUGCAUACCCAUGAAUCUGAAUGUCCAUUGGGAACAGUACCAUGUCCAAACGAGAAAUGCAAACUGAUGGUUUCGCGGAAAGAUUUGGUUGAGCACUUGGACAAUUGUGAAUUCAGAGCGAAAGAAUGUUCUAAUGGUUGUGGUAUGUUGAUGAUUUCACCGGAAGACGCAGCUCACAAUUGCAUCGCUGAACUUCGAACCGCGUAUGAUGUUCUUCGGUCGGAAAUGGCUUGCAAAAUUCAGGAACAGCGGCACGAGAUGGAACUUCGUUUGAAUAUGCAGCGUGAACACAUGGUUCAGAAAGAGUCUAUAAUCCAAUGCCAAGUUGACGAAUUAAAAUCUGAACUAUCACGGAUGUCGCAAAAGAUGAAACUUUUAAUGGAUUUGGAGAUUCAAAGACGACAGGACAUAGAGAGACUUGAGCUAGAGAAAAAAGAGCUCAUGGAGCUAUUGAAAGGCCAGGCCCGAGGGGGCGCAACAGAUAAAGGACAAGCGGCUGGUUCAAGUCGUACACAGCUUCCGUCAUCGUUCACUGGCAAAGUCACGACCAUUUGAGACCCUGGCUGCUGGUUUCAAAAACAAACGAUUUCUGACGAUGGUGAAGAGAUGACAAUGGUUCACGAAUCACAGAAUGCGACAGAUGUCAAGACCAAGAAGCACGUUAUGUAGAAGGACGUAAGUCUUGCUGUACAAUCCAUACAAUUUGCGGUGUUUCAAAAGUUGAUGGCUGAAUGAUAUAGGUCAUCUGAAACUGAAAUGUUGUAUCAUAUCAUAGUUUGUUAUAAGACCAAGGAUCACGUUAUAUACAGGGAUGUAACUCUUGCUGUCCAAACUAUAUAAAGGGACGUUACUCUUGCUGUCCAACCUAUAUAAAGGGACGUAACUCUUGCUGUCAAACCGAUAUAAAGGGACGUAGCUCUUGCUGUCCAAACUAUAUAAAGGGACGUAACUCUUGCUGUCCAACCGAUAUAAAGGGACGUAACUCUUGCUGUCCAACCUAUAUAAAGGGACGUAACUCUUGCUCUCCAACCUAUAUAAAGGGACGUUACUCUUGCUGUCCAAACUAUAUAAAGGGACGUAACUCUUGCUGUCCAAACUAUAUAAAGGGACGUAACUCUUGCUGUCCAAACCACAUAAUUUGUGGUGAUACCACAUUUCAAAAUGUGAUGCAUAAACAAUAUUUUCCUAUUGGUUCAUACAUAAAACUGAAAUAUAUUUUAUCAUAUGAAGUUUUUUUCAUUUUCCUACUCAAAUACAGAUAUACAUGAUAUAUAAAUCUAUAUAAUUUUUAAAAUGUUUCAAAAUAUACUGGUACCAUGAAUUCUAGUGACCUAGCUAUUGUUUGUAUAUUAGAUAUGUACUUGUAUGGGUUCAAUACAAUGACUUGUGUAUCAUCACAUUGUUAUAUCAAACAUGUUUAAAACGAAACUCCAGUGUAUAUAGGAUGACCAUAUGGUAAGUGUUAACAUUCUGGGCAAUAUUUAAAAUCAUUUUAGUGCAUUUCCAAAUCAUAUUAUAGAUAUUAAUAUACUAAGCAUCUGAUACUAUAUUUCAUAUCUAAAUGUACGAUAUAUCACAUCAUCAUUUUUCUAUUUAAUCAUAUAUUUAUUCAGAGUAAUGUUUAUUUUAUCCAGUUUUUAUUUUUUGGUAACAACAGCCAAAUCCAUGAAUCUGACAAAUGAUAAACUUUGGUCAGAACUAAAAAGUUUAAUAAUUAUUCCCUUUAUAUAUUUUUUAACUUGAAACUAUGUCGCGUCUAUAGAUGUUGAUAUGAUUGAAAUGCAUAAUGAGACCAUCCAUACACUGAAAUCAUUUGAAGACCAAAAAAGUGCCCUUCCUUUCCAACAUUGUUUGAUAUUGUUUAAAAUGAUUAUCAUUAGAUAUCUUUUGAUGCAUUUUUAAUAUACAAUGUAUCAUUUAGUUUUUGCAGUGAACAUCUUUAUUUUGAUACUCAUAAGAAAAGAAUUGAAAUAACUUCAGUGAGGAAGUAAUACUUCA